AUGGAUUUUGGGUUUUUUCCUGGUGAUUUGAGACAACGAGGUUCAUUUACUGAUCUGGGUUUUAAUGGGUUUCCUCUAACUUCCUCUGUCUCUAAUGGAUUUCACUUUUCCGGUGACCGUACAACAAACCCUUUUCUUAACCUUCGAAAGCUUGAUACGACGUCGUUAAUGGCGGAUGGUGUUGAUAUGGGUUUGUGUCAAAACCUCUCUAAAAUGAGUAUCUCCGAUGAAAGAAGCAAUUUUUUUAACCACUCUAGUUUUUCCGGCUAUGGAUGUUACCAAGGUCGUGAGAGCUCCUUUCAUGGUGAAGCUUCUAGCUCUAUGCGUGGUUUUGUUGGUUAUGGUGAUGUUCAUAGAUUCGAACAAGAUCUGAGAGUAAGAGCGAGCUUUCAUGGUGAAUCUGCUAUGAGUAGUUAUGUUGGUGAUGGUAGUGAUUAUCAUAGACUCAGAUUUCUUGCCUUACAAGAAGCUUCUAACCCUAACCCUAGAUGUUUUACAGAGAACAUGUCUCUUCUUAACAGAGAUUACAUGUUGGAGUUGGAGCAUUUCAAUCAACAAAUCCGGCGAGACUUUUCUCUAGUUCCACAGAAAUCUCCACUAGCUUUUCAUGAAGAGAGGAUCUUGCCACCAUUUUCAGCCAUGGGAGGUUCUAGAGAGCUUGAUGGUUCUGCUAAAUGUAUGAAGAACAAGGAAGACUCACUAGAUCUUGCUUCAAUGGUUGAUAGCUAUGGUUCUGUGUACUUAAUGGCAAAAGAUCAACUGGGUUGUCGAUUAUUACAGAAGUUUGUAGACGAAGGAAAUUUUGUUGAUGUGAUGAUUAUAUUCAAGGAAGUGAUUAAUAAUGUCAUUGAGCUUGGAACGGAUCCGUUUGGUAACUAUCUUAUCCAGAAGCUUAUUGAAGUCUGCAAUGAAGAACAAAGAACUCAGAUUCUCAUUAGGUUGACUUCAAAACCUGGACUUCUUGUCAAAAUCUCCAUCAACAAUUAUGGGACACGAGUGGUGCAGAAGUUGAUUGAGACUGUGACUACAAAGGAGCAAAUCAGUCUGGUUAAGUCAGCUCUUGUACCGGGAUUUCUCUCUUUGUUUAGAGAAUUAAAUGGAAACCAUGUGAUACUAAAUUGCUUGAAAUUCUUUAGUCCUAAUGAUAACAAGUUCAUUUUGGAGGCUGCUACUAAGUUCUGCAUAGAGAUUGCGACUACUCGCCAUGGAUGUUGUGUGCUUCAACGCUGCGUUUCGUACUCGGUUGGGGAGCAACAUGAGAAGCUUGUUGAUGAAAUAUCCAGAAACUCUCUUCUCCUUGCUCAAGACCCUUUCGGGAACUAUUUGGUGCAAUACAUAAUAGAGAAGAAGGUUGGAGGAGUGAAUGUACUGUUUGAGCUAAGAGGGAAUUAUGUGAAGUUAGCUACACAGAAGUUUGGUAGCCAUGUGGUUGAGAAAUGUCUCAGGUAUUAUCCAGAGAGCAGAUCUCAGAUUGUGAAUGAACUCGUCUCUGUUCUAAACUUCGGAUAUCUUCUUCAAGACCCUUAUGCUAAUUACGUGAUCCAGUGUGCUCUAUCGAAAACCAAGGGCUUUGUUCGAGCGAGCUUGGUGGAGAAGGUUAGAAGAUAUGAAAAUCUGAAGAUGACUCCAUAUUGCAAGAGGAUAUUCUCCAAGAAUCUCUGGAAGAAGUGA